AUGGAUGUCACCUGCUGGUCAGAAUGGUCAGAAAGGGAUCAGAAGCCUGAGGAGCUUGGUCUCAGGCAAGACCGUAAAUCGGUGCCCUCCUCACACUGCCGGUAUGGCGUGGCCACAGAUCUGCCCUGGGAAGAUCACUUCAGCUGGGGCCAGGACUGGUGCUUGCUGUCCUCUGCAAAACUGCCACUGCUGGUGGCAGCAGCACAGAGCCACUGGCAUGGUGGCAGAAGGCCAGGCACAGCCUGCCUGCAGCGGGGCACAGCGCUGAGCAGUGCCCGUGUUGCCGGCGGGCACGAGCCCUCCCGCUCCCCCGCGGCUACGGCAGCCCUGUGCGACAUCGGCAGCCUGCAGCCCCGCCUCAUUCGAAACAGACUGGUGCAAAUAAAGUUCAAGCUCCACGCGCAGUUUCCUGCCACAGGGAACUCUGGCUCUGUGGCUACCGAGGUCCCAGCUGAGAAAGUUGGGAAAUGUCAGUGUGAGACACACCAUGCUAAGAGCAUCCUGUACCAGAUCCUUAACAAAGAGCAUGGAAGUGAGACCAAGUGGCACCAGCAGUAUCGCAGUCCCCACCGCUCCACGGGAAGCAAGGGCUGCUCUUGUAUGGACAGAAGAAGAGCUGCCCUGAAAACGCCAGAAGCCACAUGCAGAAGAGCUUCUGAAGUGCUCUUGAAGACUUUUAUUGGAAACCUGCCUUCUUUUUAUCAUGUGCCUUGGGAGGAUCAGCUUGUCCUCGUACAGCAGAACUGGGCCCCUCUUUUUGUCCUGGGCAUAGCACAAGAAGGGGUGGAUUUUGACCUGAGAGAGAUUUCAGCCCCUAGUUUAUUGAAAAAAAUCCUCCUCAAUCAGUCUUUGACAGCGAGCAAUGAACUGGGCAGUGCGUCACUGGAAGCAUCUUUAGCAGAAGUUCAGAAGAUGAAGAAUUUAUUAUGGAAAUUCUGGGACCUGAACAUAAGUGCAAAAGAAUAUGCCUAUCUUAAAGGAAUUAUUCUUUUUAAUUCUGGAUGCCAUGUCCUAAAAUGUCUCCCCUAUGUACAAACACUGCAGCAGGAAGCUCAGCAAACCUUGAUGGAGUUUAUCUCAACGAUGUUCCACAGGAACCUAGGCUGGUUUGCUUGGAUUCUUCAGCUAAUUGCCUCUCUUCGAGACAUUGAUGCAGAUGCUAUUGAAGAGCUCUUCUUCAGGCCCAUCCUAGGAGAGGCCCCCCUAAAUGUAUUACUUCUAGAAACCUUAUGCAUCAAGCCACACUGGCUUUGA